AUGUCUUCCUUUCUAACGAACUCGUCGUCUACGACAACACCCUCUGCAUCCACGGGUCAGGAAUUGAUCAAUGAUAUCACGUUGAAUAACCCUCCAGAAGACUCUAUAUCCGACUUGUCCUUUUCACCUCAGCAGGACUUGCUAGCUGUUGCAAGUUGGGACAAGAAGGUCCGUAUCUAUGAGAUUGACUCCAAUUCGGGCCAAAACCAGGGAAGAGCGCUUUUCGAACACGAUGGCCCAGUAUUAUCCGCAAGAUGGUCGCCCGAUGGGACUAGAGUCUGCUCAGGAGGUACAGACAAGCAAGUGAAGCUUUUUGACUUGGCAUCUCAGCAGUCAACAACCAUUGGAAUGCACGAUGCUCCAGUGAGAGCAGUCAGAUACGUAGAAUGUGGGCCCACAAAUACUCCUAUAGUGGUUUCAGGAUCGUGGGAUAAGACAUUACGCUACUGGGACACUCGUUCCCCUCAACCAGUCACUACAUUGCAGUUACAAGAAAGAGUGUACAGUAUGGAUUCAUCUCAGAAGCUCCUUGUGGUUGCUUGCGCUGAAAGACAAAUAAGUAUAAUAGACUUGAACCAGCCUCAGCAGGUGUUCAAGAACACAAUGUCGCCAUUGAAAUGGCAAACCAGAUCAGUGUGCUGUUACCCACAAGGAAACGGGUUUGCCAUUGGCUCCAUUGAAGGAAGAUGCGCCAUACAAUACAUAGACGAUAACGAGCAAAGCAAGUUGGGAUUCUCCUUCAGAUGUCAUAGAAAGACCCCAGGGCAAGGUGGGCCUGGUAAUGGAACAAACUCAUCAGCGUUAAGGUCCGCCUCAGCCAAUUCCAAUGAGUCGCACAUCUAUGCCGUUAAUUCGAUUUCAUUCCACCCGAUUUACGGAACUUUCAGUACCGCAGGAAGUGAUGGAACUUUCUGUUUCUGGGAUAAAGAUGCUAAGCAGAGACUUAAGGCAUUCCCUAUGGUGAACGCCACUAUCCCUGCUACAUGUUUCAACAAGAGCGGAGCCAUCUUUGCGUAUGCCAUGAGUUAUGAUUGGUCUCAAGGUUUCCAGGGCAACAGAGCUGACUAUCCAAACGUAGUGAAGUUGCACGGGUGCAAGGACGAAGAAAUCAAGCAGAAAAAGAAGAGAUAG